AAUAUUAGAUCCUCAAAUGUUAAAGUUUCUUUUGUGGUUUAUCAGAAGCUCUCCGACAAGUCUCUCCAAAAGCGAAGGUCCCCUGUAAGCGAAGGUCCUCCUGUAAGUGAAGACCCAAACAUAAGUAAAGGCUUUUCUGUAAGUUUCCACAUAAGACUACGUGUAAGUUCCCUUAUAAGACCACGCGUAAGUCCCCUCAUAAGAUCAUGUAUAAGUCCUCCUGUAAGCCCAUGUGAAAGUCCACCUGUAAAGUAA